UCGCUUCCCUCCACAUCUAUAUCCGAACCAAAUUCCCUCCCUUCCUUCUUCCCACACUUUUCCCUCGUUUUCUGCUCUUCGUUUACCUUCCUCCCUCCCGCUUUUUUUUUUCUUUUCCAUUUUCUUGCUUCCCAAACCGGCCAGAUCUCCAAGACUCCACCCGAUUUCAACCCCAAUUCCAGUUCCCGCCAUCGCUAACUGAACAAUUUCCCCAAACCUCUUCCAGCUUCACCGGUCUUCUUCUCUUCUUCGAGGACCACAGAUGUCGAAUUCCGAGCCUCCUGCUGGUUCCGAAGCGACGCCGCCACCGCCACCGCCGCCGGCACAACAGCAACAGCAGCAGAGCGUCCCCGCCACCGUCGUCCCGUCGCCCUCCUCCAGGCCUUCUUCUCUUAUUCGAGGACCACAGAUGUCGAAUUCCGAGCCUCCUGCUGGUUCCGAAGCGAUGCCGCCACCGCCCCCGCCGCCGGGACAACAGCAACAGCAGCAGAGCGUCCCCGCCACCGUCGUCCCGUCCCCCUCCUCCAGUGCGCCGAAGCCUAAGCUGGCUUUCUCUACUGCGAAGCCUCCGUUCUCUUCUCCUGGCGACUAUCACCGAUUCAGUACCCACCCUCGCCGCACCGCUGAUCAGGAGCCCGAGGCAAUCAUCGUCAAAUCGCCGCCAUUAAAGCGGAAGGGUGAUACAGCAGCACAUGAAGCUGAGUAUAGAGAGUGGAAUGUUAGCUCGGCAUAUACUGAAGUUGCAAACAGUCCCAUCCAGACACCGGUCUCCGGGGAAGGUGAAAAAGCUUCGAAGGCAUCCAACGGUUCAAGGAGUACUAAAUCUGCACAGCAGAACGACAAUGCAAAUACUGGUUUGCCUGGCAAUAAUCUUACUUCAACUGGUCCUUUUCGUGACGAUAGCUCUCUAGGUCUCCUAACAAAGAAAUUCAUCAAUUUGAUCAAACAUGCUGAAGAUGGAAUUCUUGAUCUCAAUAAAGCUGCUGAAACUUUAGAGGUUCAAAAAAGACGCAUAUACGACAUAACAAAUGUACUGGAAGGAAUUGGUCUGAUAGAAAAGAAGUUCAAGAACAUAAUUCAAUGGAAGGGACAUGAUGCCACUCCAGGAGAGACUGAUGAGAGUGCUACUAGUUUGCAGGAAGAAAUUGAAAAUCUCAACAUUGAGGAAAGCAGUUACGAUGAGCGGAUAAGGGAAGUGCAAGAGAGGCUGAGAGUCCUCAGCGAGGAUAGCAACAAUCUUAGGUUUCUUUUUGUCACCGAGGAUGAUAUCAUCAACUUACCCGGUUUCCAGAAUGAAACACUAAUGGUUAUCAAAGCUCCACGUGGUACUACAAUUGAGGUCCCUAAACCUGACGAGGCUGUUGACAAUGCUCAGAGAAGAUACAGAAUGGUGGUCAGAAGUACAACGGACCAUAUAGAUGUCUAUCUUGUCAGCAAAUUUGAAGUGAAGAGUGAGGAGAUCCAGGGCGUUGAACCGCCAGCCCCUAGCCUUCCAUCUACCUCCGUCAUAAACGAUAAUCCAGCAACUACCACAGUGGUUACGGAGAAGAGUAGUAAAGGAAAGGAGAUUGCAGUAGAGGGACAGGAUGUUCUUAAUUCUCCUCAUGAUCCUUUCAGUGGCAUCAUGAAGAUUGUUCCUAGUGAUGCUGAUCGUGAUGCAGAUUACUGGUUUUUGUCGGACGCCGAAUAUAGCCUCACAGACAUGUGGCGAACUGAUCCCACCGUCGGGCUUGACUGGGACAACCUUGGCAUUUCAAAUACCAGCAGCAGCAGCAGCAGCAGCAGCAGCAGCAUACCACCAAACACUCAAACUCCACCACCUUCCGAUCCAACCACAGAACCACCACCUUCCAAUCCAACCAAAAAACCGCCACCUUCUGCUUCAAACACCACUCCACCGUGAAACUAUGUCACUCUCUCCUAGAUAUCACAUCAGUGUAAAGAGAAGAAACUACUGCAGAACGCGCAAGUGGAAGCAGCCUGAGUUCCAUGUACAGCGGAAGGAAGCAACAAUUGUCUGUGAAUGAUUCAUGUCUAGUUAGCUAAUAAGAAGACGGCUCAUUU